ACGUUUUGGUGUUCGACUCAAAUCACAGGCGGGAGAAGAACGAUUCAGUCGGUGAGCAGGACUGAGCUGCGUCUAUUAAAACUUUUAAACCCGAAAAUAUCAAUUUUGACUUAAUUCUGAACGAGUUACAAUCGUGGCACGCUGAUUUGUUUUUUCCUCUGGACCGAAGAAAAAGCGGGAAUCUGAUUUUCGAGCAGCAGCGGUGUCUGUGUGGACCAGAGACGGGAAGUGAUUCAACAGUUUAAAGAUGAUCAUGAAGGGGCAGAAGCGUAAAUUCCCACCUGAGGAUGUGGAGGUUUCAGACAGGAGCAGCUCGACCUGGGAGAGCCAACGACAGUUUGUGUUCUCAGUCUCUCUGAACAAGUACCAGCAUGGCCAGGAGCUUCCUGAACCCAGCCUGCGGAGGUCUGUGCUGAUAGCAAACACACUGCGGCAGAUCAACCUGGAGGCCUGUAGAUCUGUGUGUGUAGAUGGGCCAAUCCCACCCUGCAGCUCUUUAUCUGCACUUCAGGAGAAUGAGCAGGAGAGUAGUUGGAACAAAGUUGUUCCUGCUAAACAUCACUCUGCAGAAGGAGUGAUUAACAGUGACUCAGCACUUACCACCUGCCCUGUGGAUUCCUCGCAUCACCCCUCCAAUUCUGCUACAAGUAGGUAUUCAGCAAGCUGCCAGUUGAAUACAUGCGGUGUUCCCCUGUCUGUUGGUGAGGAAGAUGAGGAUUGGGGAUCCAUGUCCACUGAUACUGAUUUCUCCCUUUCAGCUGCCAUUUCUUCCAUUCUCACUGCACUGGACUCAAAUAUUGACUGGAGUCCACAGGCAGCUCAGCGGAUGCCUCUACGAUCCCUGGAGAAUCUGCAGAGGCCUUCUGAAGGAAAUGCAGCAUGGGCUAAACAGGGGGUCAGGGGAUAUGGGGGGAGCUGGGAGCAACAGGAAGAGUGCAGAGCACGAGAGAGCAACAUGGAUGCGACGAGGUCCAGCUAUCUCAGUGACCUCACUGUGGAAGAUCUGUUCCAGGAUAUAGACACAUCCCUGUUGGAAAGGGACAUGGGAGUGCUUGGGCUUAGAGGCAAUGGGGGUGGAUACUCAGGUGGGGAUGAUCUUCCCCGUUACCUGCUGCCUUUCUCUCCUUCCUCGCACCCUUUGUCCUUCUCUCUUAACCAGAAUCUAAAGUGCCUGCCUUCAUUCUCCUCAUUCAGCCCACUGUCACCCUCAGUUUCACCUUCUCUCUCCUCACCACCAUCUGUUUUCUUUUCUGGCCAGAAUCAAGGACUUGAGCUGGAGCAUUUGAUGGAGAUCCUGGUGGAGUCCUAAUUGCCUCGUCUUCAUUGUAAUGUGAGAAAACCACUUAAACAAGAAGCAACCUGAAUUCCUUUCACCAACUUGGUGGAAGUAAACAUAAUUCUUAGGGCAAAAGGCAUGACUGUCAAACAUGUCGAUUAUUCUUUGUGUUUUUUAUAUACAUCUGUUGCUCAAGAAAAGAGUAUUGUAGGUUUUAGAAAGUAGUAAGAAUGCCCUGGGGAUGUAUAAGGUAAAUGCUGCACAGUUGUGAUGCGUCUGCCAGCUCUUUGUAUCAUGAAAUACAAAAAGAAACAUUUUUGUGUUUCUGAAAAAAAUGCAGGCCAAGUGAGGGAGAAAGCUAAGCGUGAAAACGUUUUUUCUCUUUAAUAAUGAGCAAUCAGUCACUGAAUGAAGAACUGCUGAAAAAUGAAAUGUUAUUACAGUUCUUACUGUGACUCGGCUGUUUGGAUUUAUUGAAGGCAGUGCCAGUGCCCUAUAUUUUGCCCCCCAACUGUAAGUGAAUCUUGCAUUCACACUGAACAUCCAGAGUUAUUUGUGGUCAAAGAAAAGCAGAAGCCAGUCAUGGACCGGUGUUUGAUCCAGUUUACUUGACUUUGGCUGAGACGUAGGACAAAUCUUGUGACACACGUGUUAUGUUCAUGUGAGUUCUGAGAGAAUGUGAAUGUGGCUGGUGUCAGAUGGAGAAUGGUAGAAACACUAACGUUCGAGGUCAGAUCUUCUGUGAAGAAAUUCUUUACCGUCAUUUAUCAGUGAGUCUCAAUAAGGAGCACAAUAUCAGACGCAGCGAUUAGGUCAAGGUUUUAAAAGAGAAGGAAAAAAGGGGUUGGGUCUCUGAAAUCAUUGAUAUCAAGAUAUUUGACCAGGAGAAGAAAUUUAGAAAAUAUGUAUUUUUCUACAUUUAGCAUAACAUUUUUUUUUUCUUUCAAAUAAUGUACAUACUUCUUGAAGGUUAUUUCAGUGAACAGUUGAAGUUGCAGUAAGGUUACAUUUCACCUAUCUAUUCCUGUAGCAGUUAAAGGAAAAAGCACAAUUUUAAAAUUCUGUUCGACAGGCCGUUAUGCGAGUGUUUCUUUGUUUAGAUGGGUAGAUUGCAGCUGUUUGAAGCACAGAAAACACAUUGUUUCUGUUAUUGGCUCCAUGCACAGUGCAGCCCCGAAAGAGUCGCUUUUAUUUUUAGAGAUGCUUUUAUUCAAAGAGCCUUUACAGUACUGCGAUUGUAUACAACAUAUCACGAGUGUAAAUGUGACUGUCCAGAACAUCCAACCAGCCUGUUGGUGUGUGUCUCACGGUAUUUUAAAUCACAACCACUACACAGCAGGUCCCAUUAUGCAGAUGUAGUACUGAUCAGCACCACUAGGUGUCAUCUUUUGUUUGGUUUACAUCUGAAUAUUGCACUUUUGUUAUUAAUAAUAUGCAUUUUAUGUGUCGAGUCAUGUGAGCAUGUGGUUUAUGUAUUUAUUUAAAAGUCACAUUACAUGUAUAAUUUGGUUUAAUUGUCCCUUAUAGACCCAUAAAAUGGGUUUCUGUUAAAUGUUCUGUUAAUGCAUAUUGUUUAAAAGAAAGGUGUUUUACUGUAAUUCUAGUUCUAGAUGUUGAUCCAUCUUUUAAACCAACACUGCUAUAGCACAUGAUGCAUGUUAGACUUUUGUACAAUUAAAUCCUGUUUUAUGGAUCAGAGUUGCUUACUAUGCAAAGGUCCUUUAUAAACAGCAGGGAUUCAGUUUCAAAUAAUUCAUGUUUUGAUGAAGAGGAGUUGAUUUCUACCAUAUUUAACAGUUCAGUAGUGUUAUAAUAUUCUGUCAUGGCAGUUAUUUUACUUUUAUUUUUCCAUACAAAUAUUGUAAAGAUGUUUACCUGUACUGUUUUUUAAUAAAUCACAAACAUGAAGUUA